AUGGUGUCCCUCGAAACUGUGCAGAAAAAUAACUCCAGCUUGAAGGACUUCGGUCCGAAUCUUGUGGCAGUGUUUGUGGGAGGAACCAGCGGAAUAGGUGAAUCAACAGCUCGUGCAUUUGUACGAGAGACUGAAUCAUCCCGGGUCUAUCUCGUCGGGCGUAACGAGACCCAGGCUUCCAAAAUUAUCGAGGAGCUCCGCCAGAUCAACCCAGAUGGUCAGAUUAGCUUCGUGAAAUGCGAAGCUGCGCGGCUGCACAGUGUUGAUGAAGCAUGCAAGUCAAUCCAGGAAAAGGAAGAGAAGGUGAAUUUGCUAUUCAUGACAGCUGGUAUGAUGACGACAAAGGGGCGAGAUGAAACCGAUGAGGGGCUGGAUAAGAAGUUAAGUCUCCAUUAUUACUCUCGGGCGCGUUUCGCUAUGAAUUUACUUCCCCAACUGAGCAAGGCUGCGACUGUCAACGAGUCAGGUAAACAAGGCCUGGGCAGCAACUUGUCCCGUGUUGUUUCCGUUCUAUCGGCUGGUGAUGAGAUUUCUCUUCAUCUAGAUGAUCUGGAUCUGAAGACCCACUAUUCACUACGGAACUGCGCUGGCCAUGCCAUCACCAUGAACAGCCUGCUUAUGCAAGAACUCGCUGCAGCCCAUCCUGAGAUCAGUUUCAUCCACGCUUAUCCUGGUGGCGUGAAGACUGGCCUUAUGCGGGAGUUCCACCCCAUUACUCAGUUAGUGAUCAACGCUUUGACAAUAUUUGCCAAACCGUGGAUGGUGCCUCUGAAUGAGAGCGGCGAGCGACAUCUGUAUGCCUCGACUAGUCCGCAAUACCCGCCCCAAGCGUCAGGCGAUGGCGGCGUGGCAAUCGGGGCCGAUGGCAAGACUGGGAGCGGGGCGUAUCUGUUAAGCUGGGAUGGUUCGAUCACAGGCAAUAAGAAAGUACUUGAGGCGGCACGCCAGAAUGAAACGGGCAAAUUGGUGUGGAAGCACACUAUGGAGAUCUUUACGUCGAUCUGUGGCAAGUGA